UUAACCCCUCCGCAACUCCCACUCUAGCCCAGGCUUCGGCCGAGUCCGGCCAAGGGCUCAACCCCGCUUAACUCUCCACAGCUUCCACUCGAGCUCAGGCUUGGGCCUAGUGCGGCCUAGGGCCCCCCCCCUCCCUAACCCCUCACAGCUCCCACUCGAGCUCAGACUUGGGCCUAGUGCGGCCUAAUCGCCCCCCACAACAGCUCCCACUCUAGCCCAGGCUUGGGCCUAGUCCGGCCUAGGGCCCCCCUCCCUAAGCCCCCUACAGCUCCCACUCCAGCUCAGGCUUGGGCCUAGUCCGGUCUAUGCUCCCCCUCCCUAACCCCCCCUGCAACUCCCACUCUAGCUCAGGCUUGGGCCUAGUGUGGCUUAGGCACCCCGCCCCCCGCUUAACACCCCACAGCUCCCACUCUAGCCCAGGCUUGGGCCUAGUGCGGCCUUGGAACUCCCCCCCCCGCCAAAAUUGUUGCCCUCCCGGAUUCCCCCUCCCACUGCCCUUUCCCCCCAUUGAUAAUGUAUCAAUUAUAAUAAUUGAUACAUUUAUCAUUUAUAAUAAUAAUAUCACCCCCCCCCCCGUGUGCAUCACCAGGCGUCUCCCACAACCGUCCCCGGAGAACGAGGCGCGCGAGCCGGCCACAUGGAGAUUGAUCUACUGAGUAGUCCCUGGGACAGUUCUCGCUCUUCUUCCCCGUGUGAGGAGGAUCUAACGAUGUAUGAGGCGUUAACAGUGACGGAUCUGUUGCCUGGCACUGCUGAGUCCUUGAGCAAACAGGAAGAGGAGAGGCAAGCCAGGCAGCAGAAGCAUCCCUGGAGGAGAGCAGGGCUUCCACAGAAGGAUGGAGCCCGGACGGAUAUUUCUCCCCGUCACUCGCAAGUGAUUACGACAUUGUUUGACUCUGAGAGGAAGCUUCAGGCACCAAGAAAAAAGCCAGCAAGCAGGGAAGAAGUCCAGAACCCUCCAUUUGAGGACUUUACAGAAGCUUUGAGAGAUCCAGACUCCAGAGAUGUUAAAUCACCUGAGCAGGCUUUGAAGAACCCUAGGGCUUGUGUUUACCACACCAGCUUGGCAGAAUAUGCCCAAGGAGAUCCACUGCCAUCCCCUAAGUCGGCUGUAACACCCGCUGAAACCACACAGGAGCAGAACAACUUGAAGGCACAGCCUGAAGCCAAAACACAGAGCCACCUGCAGCACCUCAGCAAGAGCACGCAGACAGAAGAGCCGAGCCAGUCCCCCGGCUUCCCAAGUGGCGGAGGAAACAAGAACAGCUUGGGGUUUGAGAAGAGGAACUCUCCCCUUCUGCGGGGAGGAGCAGGAAGGAAGUGGCCUGAGGGCUCCGAAGCGGAGUGCGAAGAGGAACUGAAAGAGCUCGGUUGGAUUAGCUAUGGCUUUACGACAGAGCCAUUGUACAGAAAGCUUGAUUGUUCCCAGGGGGAUGGUGUUGACGUGAGGACUGUAACAGAGGAGAGAGAUGACCACCUCAUGUAUUCCUUCGACUAUGGACAUAGGCAUUGCUACCGGCUGAAGAGGGAUCAUGAGGGAGCCUAUACAAUGAAGCUGGCAGAAAGCUCCGAGAAGGCGAUUCAGGAAAACCUGAGGGAGUUCUUUGGCUUCCUGAGAAUCCUUGUUCACGCAGUCACCCUUUUCCUCGUGGAGCUGGCCCGGUUUCUCAGCAAGUCGGUCGUUCAGGUCUUGCUGGUGGGCCUGCUAACGGUGGUUGGAGAUCACAUGCUGAAGCCCUUCUUGGUUGCCGUAUUUAACAGCAUCCUGCAGCCCUUGCUGAUCUUCCUGCUGAAUGUGUUGUGCAGCAUCCGGAACCUGACGUACCCGGUCAUCGACAUCCUGAAAGGCGUUUGCUUGCAGGUCACUAUGGUGCUCAAAGCCUUCAGGCUGGUCGAAGUCAACAUGCAGUCAGACAGGCCGUUAGCUCAGAGGGUGUAGGUAGGAGAGCCACUUGAACAGGGGAUGAGGAAAGAUUCGCUGUUCAGCCUGCAUCUCGGCUUUGCCAAGCUGAAGGCCAUUGGAAGCCCGAGUUAACACGCAUGGAAGUGGAGCAGGAAGCAGCUAUCCUCAUCUCGAUUGUAGGGUCUGAGCAGCACUGCGUUGGGGUCCACAGUCACUGCUGUCUGCACCUGCGCAGUCAAGCAGAGGAUGACCAUGUGCUUCAACUUUGUGCUUCGUCUGGCCUAUGUCUGCUCUUUGCUCACGUAUCACCCAGUGUGUUCUCUGGGGGUUUAGAAUGAGGGAUUAAAACUGUGAAGCUGUGUCGAGCUCUGUGGACUGCCAGCAUCACUAAGGCAUCCAGAUAUGGAAGCUCAGCAAUGACUCCAGAGGGAAGUAGGCAGUGAUGCCUCCUUUGGAAGUACCCUCCAUCCCCCCAUAGGCCAUGUCUGAGGAGGGGAGGGAGGAACAGAAAGAGGAAGAGGCUGAAAGAACAAACUAUAAUAUAUGUAUAUAAUAUACUGUUAUACAUAACUCUUCCUCAGAUCACAUUUGGUUAGGGCCAUCUGCAGAUAGAGGCCUUAAAAGGCCAAAUGGAGGAAAAAUGAGUGAUGUAGCAAAACAUUGAUGUCUAAGGUGUGGGGUGGGGGGGCUAGGUAUAUUUUUUUCUAGUGCUUCAUUUGACUAAAUUAUAAAACUAUACUAUAUCCUGUCUAAUUAAAAUAUUGUCUUGGA